AUGACCGACCACGUACUCACCGUCUCUACUGACCCAAUCGGAGGCGUCAUGCAUACCAAGGAGGCUGCAAUCUCUGUGCAACCAGGCCAUCCAGACGAGAUCGCAGCCUUUGCAAUAGACGAUCCCGAGAACCCAUUCAACUGGUCUUCUCGAAAAAAAAGCUUCGUCAUGAUCGUCGGGAUCAUCGCCAUCCUCAACAGCACUUUUGACUCAUCACUGCCCAGCGGCGCCAUUGACUUUAUCACCGCCGAAUUCAAUGUGACAGCUCCCAUUCAGAAUGCCCUGCCCAUAUCCAUCUAUCUCGUCGGCUACAUUCUCGGCCCGCUCUUUUUUGCUCCCCUCAGCGAGACAUACGGGCGGCGCGUCGUCAUGGUGCCGAGCUUUGCCCUCUUCACCAUCUUCACCCUGGCCUGCGCGCUGGCACGAGACUGGCCCUCAUUCCUCUUCUUCCGCCUGGUCUGUGGCAUUAACGCCUCGAGCUCGAUUGCUAUCACGAGCGGCAUCUACGCGGACAUCUAUGCUGAUCCCGUGGUCCGCGGCCGGGCCAUCGCGUUCUCCAUCUCGGUAACCUAUACCAUGAUGGUUUAUUGCCAUGCCACGUCGUUUGGGCCGCAGCUGGCGCCGCUUCUCUCGGGUGCGGUGUCGCCUGUCAGCUGGCGCUGGACCUUCUGGAUUGGAUUCAUCCUUCUGGGCGUGUCCCUUGUUCCUGUAUUAUUCCUCCCUGAGACCUUCAAGCCAGUGAUCCUGCGCAAACGUGCUAUCAAGCUGCGGAAAAAGGACCCAAGUCACCGAAUCUACGCGCCGAUCGAGCUGGAAACCCGUGAUACGAUGGAAAUCGUCACGGUAACGCUAGCGCGUCCGAUACGCAUGUUCUUUAAAGAGCCCAUUGUGCUGCUCAGCAGCUUGUAUCUGGCCUUUGCAAGCGCCAUCUAUUUUCUCCUUUUUGAAGCCUACCCCAUCAUCUUCCACGGCAUCUACAAAAUGAACUAUAUCGGGGCUGGCCUCGCCUUUAUCCCAAUUGCUGUCGGGUCCAUCCUCGCCUUAUUCAUCUCAAUGGCAUGGGACGGCUACUUCCAACACGCGCGCAAGCACCACCGCCCCUUCACCAGCAUCAAAGAAUACGAACGCGUCCCGCUCGCCUGCCUAGGUGCCGUUUGCUAUGUCGUGGCCAUCUUCUGGCUCGGCUGGUCCGCGUCAUCCAACAUCCACUGGAUCGUGCCCAUGCUCUCCGGCGUCCCCUUUGGCGCCGGCUUCGUCCUGAUCUUCAUCGCACUGCUCAACUACAUGACUGAUGCCUACCGCGAGCUCGCCGCCAGUGCAGCUGCCGCCGCGAGCUGUACUCGGAGCAUUUUUGGCGCGCUGCUCCCGCUGGCUAGUUCGGCGAUGUAUGGCCGCCUGGGUGUGCCGUGGGGCAUGAGCUUCCUCGGCUUUGUGAGCCUGGUCCUGGGUCUUGUUCCGUUUGCUUUUAUCAAGUAUGGGGAGCGCAUUCGGUUGGGGAAACUAAAGACCGAUCAGGUUCUGGACCUGCCAUACGCAAAUGAUAUUGGUUGA